AUGAGAUCAAUUUCCCCCCGGUUCGAUCCAAAAUUGCCUCUCAAUCAGCAAGUGUAUCAUCCACAACUUCCAGAUGCCUCACGGCCCGUCAAGUCUUUCCGAAAACCUCCCCAGCUUACGCUGUCGACAGAUACUGAGAUUGACCAUGUUCUAGGGCCAAAGACUGUGCCUGCGAGUGUGCUCAACUUCCCAACUGGGGCUUUGGAGUCCGAGGAGAUUACAUAUUCGUCCACGGAGGAACUAAAGAUGCUAUGGGAAACGGCCAACGGCCAGAGAACGCGAGAUCUUGUUGGGACAUUGAACCUACGCAUGACAAAGACGGGACCAGCUACAUUCACUCUUGGAAACUCCCAGAACCCGCUGUACACACUACAAACAUUUUCAACCAACGAAAUAGCCCUAAGUCGAUGCGAUCCUUCCAGACCAAACCACGAAGUCUCAAUCAUGAUGAUGAGCCUCGAAGACCGCAUCCGCCGCGAGCAUCCUAACGACGGACUCGUAACCCUAGUUUUCUCUCGACUAGCCGCCAUGUUAGCCAUAGACCAAGCCGGCGAGAUCAGCAAGCAACACCACCUAACUCCCGCCGAGACAGCAGAAGUAGAAACCGAUGCACUCAAACGCGCCGCAGCACAAGACUCCUGCCGACUCUCAUGGGACCGCCAUAAACGACUGUACGAGCUACGACACCCCUAUCUCUCCAGACACAACCCACCCGCUCUUGUCGGUGCCGUUGGAAUCCCACUUUCACCCGUUCGAUCCCAAUCUUCAGGGAUGGUGCACAUCACGGUCUCUGCACCGUCGGGUAAUACCUCUCUUCACCAGCCGCCAACAAUCAUCGUCACUGGCCCGGUCUCUUCUACGGCAAUGGAAGCCGCUCAGCAAGCUGCUAAUCUGCGCACAUCCGUGCUCCCGGUCACGGACUUUGAAGAGCCACUUGCGUCCUUGGACUUCGCUACCAAAACAUUUUCAAUUUCCCCGGCUGGUGUUAUAGCUAGCAUUCCCUCUCUUUACGCGAUUGAUUCUCUCAUCGCUGCUCUGAUGGCAGUUGCCGUCUCAGACGAAGCCACGAACCCGAUCCUGGCAGAGAUGGUGCUUGGAUCACCAAUAAUAUCCAGACCACUCACUUUCGACAGUCCGGGGCCUUACUCAAUGCCUGUGCUCCAGGGUAAAUUGGUGACGACGGCUGCUGAGUGUGAAGACGCGGCAGAGAGCAAGAACUUGGCAUCGCAGAUUGAAUCUGCACAGAAAAUUUCCAAAGAGGCUUCGGGGAAGAAGAGAGUUUGCAAGUUCUGGAAGAAGUCAUCUUCCAAACCUCUGGAAAAUCCUCGGGGCUCAAAGGAGAUUAUGAAACAGCAGAUUACGGUUGAGGAGUUUGAUUUGGAGAAGUAUGGUCGAUAUGGCAACGGUUCGUCCCGAGAGGGGGAGAAGCUACCUGGAAUUACUCGCACUAUCUUGCGUGUAUUGUUCUUUGGUUUCGACUUGAUUGUGAAGGGAUUGGCACUCAUGGUGAAGGUUUUGGCUUGGUUCUUGGUCAAUUCGACGCGGUGUGUGACCGGUGAGAAGUUCUGA